AUGCCCGGCAAAGUGAUCGACCUGGCCAGCGGCCAGCCGCUGGACGAGUCCAUGUUCAUCCAGCGUGCGGCCGGCGCGCAGCGACUGCUGCUGGGCGAGCGUCAUGACCUUGCGGGCGACCAUGCCGGCCAGCGCUGGUUGCUGCAGGCACUGCACCAGCAGCGCCCCCAGAGGGCGCUGGUGAUGGAGAUGAUCGCCAGCGAACGCCAACCGCGGUUGCAGCGGGUACAGCGCUGGCUGGCCAAGGGCAACCAGGCCGAGGGCCCACGCCUGCAGGAACUGCUGGACUGGGACGCGCGCUGGCCGUGGGCCGCCUACGGCGGGCUGGUGCAGGACGCCACGGCUGCGGGCAUUGCGCUGGUCGGCGGCAACCUGUCGCGCGCCGAGGUCAACCGCCUGCUGGCCUCUACAGAACCAGUAGCAUUUCCGGUUGCUGCGGCUCGGCAACGGUUGUCGGCGGUGGUGCUGGCGCAGCAUGCCGAUGCGGCACCGAUGCUGGACGGGAUGCUGGCCGUACAGUACGCCCGCGAUCGCCGCAUGGCACAGGUACUGACCGAUGCGCCGGCCCCGGCCCUGCUGGUCGCCGGGCGCUGGCAUGUACUGCGCGGUACCGGCGUGCCGGGCCAUCUGCCACCGGGUACCCCGGCGCUGGUGAUCGUGCUGGCAUCUCCAGGCGAACAGGUCGAUGCGAGCGAUGCCGACCUGCUCAUCGGCCUGCACCUGCUGCCCUUGCUGCUGCUGGUGCACUGGGUGGCCACGCCGCCCGCACUGCCACCACCGGAACAGGACGUACGCAUCAGCCUGCGCCUGCUGGCACCGGCCACGCCACCGCAACCGAUCGAGGAACGCCAGGCCGACACGCCCAGCCAGGCACAGCAGGCACGUGCAUCGCAGCCGACGAAAUCGCCCCCACCGCCCACCCCCACCGCAGCACGCGAGGGUGAGCUGGCGGCCAGCGAGACCGGUGGCCGUGGCCGGCAGCCGCUGCCGAUCGCCCCGCCUGCGGCCGCGACCGAUGCAAGUCCCGCACCGGCAUCGAUCACGGCCGCGCCGCCCGCUCCAGACGCACCCCCUGCGGACUUCCAGGCCGGCGCCGCCAGCGACCAGUGGGAAGCCCGCCUGAUGGCGCGGCUGGAGCGGUACCGCUACUACCCUGCCGCCGCGCGCUCACGACGCCAGCAGGGCACGGCCUGGGUCAGGGCCAGCAUCGACCGUGAGGGGCGGCUGCUGGCACUGCGUCUGGAGCAGUCCAGUAGCCAGCCGAUGCUGGACGACGCCGCGCUGCAGACCUUCCGCCGCGCGCAGCCACUGCCGCCCAUUCCUGCUGAACUGAAGGCGCCGCAGGAACUGGUGGUACCGGUGGAGUACUACCUGCGCUAG